UCGACCACCAGUAUCAGAGCCUUCGCCGAUCGAAAUCUACCAGGCGUUGCAGUUCUCCCAGAAUGCCUUUGUGUCCAAAAGCCACGUGCCACGCGCGAAGGAAAGCUGCGGCCAUCUUGCUUUUUGGUCUUGUUUGCACUUUCUUGUUUCUUCGGCGAAAUGGCCGGAGACGGUGCAGUAGACAUCGAUUUGUACGCUCAAGUAGAUGAAUUUGAGCCCGACGUUACUGGCCAGGUAAUAUUUUGGUCAUUAUAGUCAUGUCAAAGAGAGAAUCUGUUUGCUUUUAACUGUACUGCAGUAAGAAUAUUGAAACUUGACCUGUUUGUCGUCGUUGCUAGAAAUAUUGCUGUGUUGUGGCGUUUAUGUUACGUUAGCAAUAUCCAAAGACUUACUUAGAAGUCUAUAAAGGGCCUUGUUUUUCCUUCCCAAAUGCAGUAUUUACUAAGCUGUAAGCAACAUAUCGAUGAGCGUGCAUUACUGAAUGCAGUAGAAAGCUAAGAGAAUUGAAAAGAGUCUUGGAUUGUACUGUUCUGACUCUGUGCGAAAAGUCGCAAACUUGAUGGCAAGGUAGAGAAAUAAAUUCAGUAUACUGAAUGCGUAACAUAAAGCCUUCGGAACAAGAUUACAAGGCCCUAUUGUAAGGUCUUAAACAAAAGUGGCUAGUCAUAAAGAGUGUUUUUAGAACGAGAAAGGUUUUUAGUCAUAUAAGUGUAAGACAAACAUAAGAGAGACAUACAAGGGCUUAACUGCAGAAUACCCAGCGAUUUCGAAGCCAUACUCAUAUAACAGUGGCUACAUGGCUACGGGGCUACCUAGAAUACCCGGCCACUUCAAAGCUAUUACCCCUCACGUAGCCAUGUAGCCACAUACCCCAGGGGUUUGGUUUUGGGUUAUGGUUGGGGUUAGGGUUAGUGUUGGGGUAAGCGUCAGUGUUAGGGUUAGCUGCGUAACCACGUUGAAGCAUAGCCCCUUGCCCCGUAGCCACCAAGCUGCGAAGCCGCGUAGCCAUUCUUAUAGGAGUAUAUCUUCGAAAUGGCCGGGUAUUCUGCAGUUACUCCCAUUAAAGUUUAACUUUUAAUGAACAAGUAAAGUUAUAUAUUUUAUUGGCUCAGUGGCUUGUCAGUCAAGGUUAGGGUCUCAAAAAACAAGAUAGCUAUAUAUUUUAGUGACUGAGCUGCUCGUUGGCUUGUCAAUGACUGGCGAGCCUCCUAGCCAUCCCAACAAAUACAUACCUAGAAAAUUGGCCCUGUAUUCUGUAGUUAUGCCCCUUCUGGUCUUUCUAUUAUAGCAUCAUAUGGCUGAAGGGUUGGAUCUAUAUGAUGAUGUACUAACCACAGGAGCAGAAAUGCCAGUGGGACCUGAAGAUGAAGUAUUGCAAGUACAGGUAAGAACACAGUCUGACAAAGAUGUAACCUGCAGAAACAUUUGUUGUUUCUGAACUUGUCUAAUAAUAAUAAUUUACGAAAAAUGAAAAACAGGAAUGAUAAACAGUCUUUAAUGUACAUUUACUCAUUUGGGGGAGAUAAAUUUACACAAACACUGCCAAGUUAUGGUCUUCCAGGUAAGUAAAAAUACCUUAACUGGCCUUCAUUUCAAAUGAAUGUAAUACAGGGAUGCACCUAAGGAAAAGCCAUGCAGGCCUCUAUAUUAUUCAAGCCAGCUUCUUUACACAACUGCACCUUCAAAAUUAUGUACAACAAAAGAAACAAUACAACCAAACAAUAAAGCCCCCGGGAGAACUCUGUUGUUUGGUUUCUUUGUUACUUUUGUGAUGAUGGUACCUGCAGAAAGACCCAAAAUUACCCCAUGUCCCUGCUUUCCAGAGUCAUUUGAGUCAGUGGUAAGGUCUUUUUCAGCUGGUGAAAUUAGCCUGCCGCGUCCUCUUAGCAACAUCCCUGGUAAUAUGAAUCAAACUUGUAAUACAUUGUUUGACGCGACAUCCAGACACUGAGAAGGGGAUUGAAAAAUGAGGCAAGCCAAGAUUUGUAACGCUGAGUUUGAGGUUUCUGGAUGUCCAAUGAAACACUGAGUGGUGUGUUUGAUAUAGCAUCAAGACUGACAAACAAUUUUUGAAGAAUGGAAAGGUAAAGUUCACAAAAUUUUAAGGAAUUAUCCAAACUUCUGUCAUGGUAGUGAUCAUCCUUUGUUUCUUUUCAUGAAUUAUUGAUGAGUUUUAGAUAGUACUAUGAAACACAGUAGGUCUUAGUACAUACCUUACCUUGGCUUACUGCAAACUGACUCAACACACCACAGAAAUGACGUGAUUGUUAAGCAAUUUGUNUAAGGAAUUAUCCAAACUUCUGUCAUGGUAGUGAUCAUCCUUUGUUUCUUUUCAUGAAUUAUUGAUGAGUUUUAGAUAGUACUAUGAAACACAGUAGGUCUUAGUACAUACCUUACCUUGGCUUACUGCAAACUGACUCAACACACCACAGAAAUGACGUGAUUGUUAAGCAAUUUGUUAUACUUCAGAUUUCCUUUGCUUUUGCGUCAUGAAUCAUUGUUGAGUUUGAGAUAAUACUAUGAAACACAGAAGAUCUUUUGUAUGUAUCUUGCCUCGGCUUACUGCAAACUGACACAACACAUGCACUGUAUCAUGAAUUGUCAGAUGUUAGAACCUAUGUCUUCAACAGAACUGGGCGUCAAAAGCUGUCAAUGGCCAGGGUGUUCAUUAGGCAUUGGAGAUUGAAGAAUUCCCCGUUUACUAUGCAUAAUUCUACGGCAAAUGUUUAUUCACCUAUCAUUGACUAUUUUAUAUUCAGAUCUGGAACAUCUGUCGAAAUAUUCUCCUGUAACAUUACACCUUUCUCCUGCUACUGGAAUUUUUUUUGAAAAACCGUGAAUGUUAUUUUAAAAAAACAAGUCAGCAACAAUUUCCAUUGUCUAUACUCUUAUCAACCAUAAGUUUGAGUUUCCUACUUUUGAUGCCCACUAGUGUUUUUGUUUGGUCUGUGCAUUUACCAUUGUAAUAGCACAACUGCCAUAGUCCAUUGUCAAGAGAAAGCAUAAUAGUUGAUGGAACCAUUCUUGGGUUGACUUCAUUUGAAAUUUCUUUUUUUUUCAGUAUGGGGAGGAAGUUACUGGUGAAGUUUUACCUGAACAUGAGACAGCCCAGUCAGGUAUUGACACUAAGAAAUAAUUUAUUUGUCAUUAUUAUUUUCUGUCCAGGGACCCACCUGAUUUCUUUUCAGGCUCGCAGGUAUGAAAUCAGAGUCUAUAAGAAGGUGGUGUGGUUUUUAAUAAAAGAUAUUAUUGUGAACAAAAUGUUAAUUUUAUAGGUUUGUGUCUUUAUAGUUUUCAGACACAUCAUACCAAGAUUCUCUGAUUGUUUCAUGGCAAAUAUUUUUUGUCUUUAAUUGUUGGAUAAACAAGUGUUUUCAUGUUACGUUUAUUUAAUUUAUUACUUAUUUUAUUUAUGUAGGUAUUUACUUAUUUAUUUAAUAUUACUUUUUGCAUCCUCUGUCACUACAUUAUUAUUUGUUUAUGUUUGUCAAAAGAUGUUAUAAUCACAAUAUAGUCUGUUGUAGUCAUCACAUGACAGAGCUUUAAUACUCUCUUUGUUGAAGGAGCAUACGAGUACAAGUCUUAUACAACAGUCCAUCCCAAAUCUGCUGCAGCCAGAUCUUCAAACACUUAUUAUGAAAGAAACAAAGGAAAACCUUUGUACGUGGGCAACUUGACAUGGGUAAGUUUACACAACACCAGUACUUCCCCAUAUCAGUUUGUUUUGUAAGGGAGCCCAGUGCUCUGAAACUGUGAAAUUCAGAAUACCCAGCUUGUAUUCUUUUUUAUGAAAAGCUGAGAUUCCCUAGUCACCAAAGAGCAAAGGUAAGGUGCCAGAGGCCACCAAGCACUGCUGGAACACAGCCCUGAACUAUUGAGGCUUGAGUCCUGAACUUGGCAUCAUUUUAUCAAAUCAGCCUUCAAUUUUUAAGUCAGAAGUCUGAGUUUAUGACCAAACUAAUGGCCACAACAAGUUCUAAACAACUGAAGAGUUCCAUAACGGUGGGUUUUACUUGUGUUCAUCUAAUCUGUGAACUCUUUGUACAUGCACCAAAACACAUGCUGCUUGACAUUCAACUGUUCGGUUAUCAGAUUCCACUCCUUUUGAGGGAAGAAGAUGUGAUUUUUGUCUUUUAAUGUGGUGUAGCAGGCUUUUUUCGUGUCUUCAACCCCUUAAAUGAGGGAGGUAUUGUUCAUUGCAUUUGCUACUUCUUUUCUAUCCAAGUGAAGUAAUCAAGUUAAUAAUAUCAUUACUUUGCGUUAUCGCUUAUGUCUUUUAGUGGACAAAUGAUCAAGAACUGACAGAAGCCCUUCAAGAGUGCGGUGUAACAGACCUGAUAAAUAUCAAGUUCUUUGAGAACAGAACCAAUGGCCAAUCUAAAGGGUGAGUUGAAAUGGCAGAAAGUAUUUAUUGUUAAACUUAAGUAAUAACAUUCGGUGUGGUUAAGACCAUCUUCAACCAUUAAUUUUGUGUUCUUUGCAUCAAUGUUCUUUUAGUUUUAUGCUCAUGAAUUAAUCAUAUGUUAUGUGCUACUUAUUUAAGGACAUGAGACAAUACAUAAUUUCAACUUUUUCUGAGUUUUUGUUUGUGAAAGUGAUCGACUGGUAAGAUUGACUAACAGAGUUUGUGGUCUUUCAUGAUAAAUUUUGCAUCACUUCUUUGAUUGCCGUGUAGUACUUUCAAUAGCAUUGCCUCUGUGUCAAUGCUGAAAACCCUUCUGAUAUAACCCUUUUGUGUUUUCAGCCAAUCCUGCUGUUUGAGUUUAGAUACAAUGCACUCUUUGGUUUACCCACUUAACCAAAAGAAAAUAUCAUGAGCUUUAUAUUGUCUAAAUUAGCUCAAGCUGUUAUUAUUAGUUACAAUUAACGAAAUUUCUCAGUCCUUCACUGCCCACCAUUUUUUUAGUAAUCUGCUAUCUACACAAAACAUUUAUUUUGGCUUUUUCUACAUCCCUAUGUAUGCUUUUCAGGAAGCAUCAAUGCAGACUACUUUUACUGACUCUGUGUUACUGUACUCACAGCUUAUUCAGCUAUUGAGUGACAAUGGAUAGCAGUGGGUACUGGGAUGGUAUCAUUCAAGGAAGAAUACACCCAACUUACACCAGAGAAUUAUUUAGCUGCNUAUAACCCUUUUGUGUUUUCAGCCAAUCCUGCUGUUUGAGUUUAGAUACAAUGCACUCUUUGGUUUACCCACUUAACCAAAAGAAAAUAUCAUGAGCUUUAUAUUGUCUAAAUUAGCUCAAGCUGUUAUUAUUAGUUACAAUUAACGAAAUUUCUCAGUCCUUCACUGCCCACCAUUUUUUUAGUAAUCUGCUAUCUACACAAAACAUUUAUUUUGGCUUUUUCUACAUCCCUAUGUAUGCUUUUCAGGAAGCAUCAAUGCAGACUACUUUUACUGACUCUGUGUUACUGUACUCACAGCUUAUUCAGCUAUUGAGUGACAAUGGAUAGCAGUGGGUACUGGGAUGGUAUCAUUCAAGGAAGAAUACACCCAACUUACACCAGAGAAUUAUUUAGCUGCCGUGAAUAUCAUUCACAAAAAAAUUGCAUUUUGUAUUUGAUUUUCAUCUCGUCAAAAAAAGGCCUCAUCAAAUUUGUAAAUUAGAGAGAAGCAUACCGAUUCCACAUAAAAUUUGUAAAGACAGAAAUCGUAAUAAUGUAUUAUAACAAUAGAGUAUAAAAUGACUUGCAAUUGGCAGAAAAAAUAUUUUUGUUUACCCUCUAUUUAAACUGAUACAUUGUGUAAAUAUACAGUAUUUUAAUUUGAAUGUAUUUAUUUUGUACACUAAAGGACAUUGUGCAGAUGUAUUUUUUUAUGAAACGCAAUCAACAAAAGUUAUAUAAAAAUAUAUAAUACUUAUUAUUUUGCUAAUUUAUUUGAAAAGAAUUCAGAAUAAUUAUUGUAUACUGUAAGUAACCACUGUAAUCAAUAACUUCUGUCAAACUGUAUUUAGGAAUUACAUGUAUUUAGUACUUUAUGCACAUGACCUGUUGCGCAGGUUGUACAUGUAAUUCUUGUCUACUUGCUAUGGUAAUUAUGAGGUCUGGGGUUUGGCCGCUAUGUUUGUAUCUGUUUCUUAGCUACAUGUACCUCUGGUGGAAAACUUGAAGUAUUUGUCUUUGUAAUUUAAGUGUAAAAUGAAAAUAAAUAUACUGCACUUGCAGUCAUGAAUCUGUUUUUUUUUUCAUAUUACAAGAAGCCUUGUUUUCUUGUUUUGGUAUAUUUCCUUCCCACUAAGCUCUGUUGGUACGUUUGAAUUCACUGACUGACACCUAUCUUAACUUAAAGAAAGUUUCUUUUUUUUUCAUUGUUUGCCUGCAAUGGUUCUCAGCACAAUUACAUGAGCUACACAUGUACUGUAACUGAAUUUCUUAAAUUUUAUCUUAGCCAGCCCUAAUGUUGCUACUUCCUAAUUUAUGAAAGAUGGCACCCUGUUUUUGAAGUGUUAUUUGUUUAUUUUUUUUUUACCCUAUAAUGAAAAAAAGGUUAUCUUUAUUUCAAGAGGGUUGCACAUUUAUGAGAUCUUCUCCUACAUUUUGUCUCAGGAGAUCUUUGAAAAACUUUCUCAUAAUAUGAAAAUUUUGGCCCUCUCUGUUUUUUCCUGUGGAGACAACAAGAUCAGUUGCAUGUAAGGUCAUUAAGAGACAGUUGUUCAAUCACCUUUAUUAGAAGGUUUUAUUGAAUGUGACUGUCGGUUGUGGAGUGUGUUGUUUUCAUUGUGUACUUUUUACUGUAUUUUGUUGUCAAUUUUUUUAAAUCUCCUAAACAAAGAAUGCUGGCAUUUGCCAAAGGGCUUGGCUUUCACAAGUGAGUAUGAUUGAGUAGCAUUGAGUCGUAGGCGAUGAUUGGAGCAUGCAUUACAUUGUGGUAAUGCAUGUACCAUCAUUUUAGAACUUGUAUGUGUCAUCUCAUUCCAACCUUAAGAUCUCAAUUAUUAGAUGUAUUCAUGUAAAAUAUUUCCAGUGCUCUCGUAGCUCUUGGCAGCUGCCAAAGGGGUUUGUAUGGACCCAGAGGCAUAAAAUCAAUAUAUGCAAAAUCCUGUUCAUAAAACAUUAAAGAGAGAGUUUUGUUUAUCCAUAAAGGAUUAAGUACAGAAAUAACCUGUUCUGGUCCUUGUAAAAUGAAACCAGAAAUGAGAAAAGGUGAUUUAAAUUAGUGUUUCACAAUGUAGGAUCUUAUGGAUGCAGUACACGGUAAGUUGGAAAACUGGAGCUGACACGACAGAAAAGCAACCUAUUAACCACUCACAUAUAGGGAUGAAUUUUCCCAUAUUUGCCACAAUAUUGUUAUAAACUGUAAUUAUUGUAACUUUUUUCCUUCCACUUAGAUUUGCUAUGAUUGAGCUUGGUUCAGAAACAUCAUGCCAACUUGUCACAGAAAAAUUACCAAAAAUGUAAGUUAGUCUGCAGGGUGCAAAGAAGGUCAGUUUUACAGCCUGCCGUUCGGGCAAGCUGUAGCUAGCAUGUACUAGCCCACAAAGUCAUUUCAACUAGCCCCAAAAUCCUUUUUGAUUAGCAGAAUUGAUUACAAUCCUUCUGUAACUUGAAUUUCCCCAAAGAACAGUACUUGCCCAUUGGGCAAGUUAAGAACAAAACUCACUAACCCGAUAGCAAAAUCCACUAGCUCCGGUUUAUCAGACACUACUUUCUUUACGCACUGGUUUGAAAGUGAAGGUAAAAUUAGAGAAAAGUCUUAGAUAGUUCUGCUACUUUGGUUGUGUUCCGCCCUUGGUUAUCCUGUGCAAGAAACACAUUGAUCUAGCCUUGUUUCGGGGGGAGGAAAGGGGGCUGGAACUCUAGGAGAAAAGGGGGUGGGAGGGGUACUGGAGAGCAGGAAAGGAUUUCACAGGUUCAGAGCACUGGGCUCCCUGUAAUUUUUCUUAGGGCACAGUCUUGCCAAGGGUAUACACAAUGGUUUUUCUCUUACAUUUACGUGCAGCAAAGCAGGGCAGGGACCUUUUAGUGAGACCAGAGGUCUGAAAUUUGAGUGGUCAAUCCAUAGCUUUUAUCCACAAAAUCAAAGGAUUAUAAUAAAUCAAUUAAAUAGAUUAUUAUGUAUCUUGCUUAAUUAUUGACUCUUAGAAUGAAUGAGUUACAGGAAGUGACUUGGAGUUAAUUCAUAGGUUUUACUAAAAUUAUCUACAACUGUAUUUUAUUUCACACUUGUUGUUUUUCCCUGUUUUCAUAGGGAGAUUCAUUCACAGUUUCCAGUAGUUACUCCAGCAACAAAACAGUUCUUACAGCAGUUUGAAGCACAGUCGAGAAAAAGUAAGGGUGUUGUCAUUUUUUUUCCUAAUAAAUAUUGAUUUUUACUGCUAGUGUGAAGGAAUUAAACUAAAAAAAAGAAAAGAUGGCUUCUUGUAAUAUUAAAAAAAAAAACAUAUUCAUGACGGCAAGUGCAGUAUAUUUAUUUUCAUUUUACAGUUAUAUUACAAAGAAUAAUACUUGAAGUAUUUGUCUUUGUAAUUUAAGUGUAAAAUGAAAAUAAAUAUACUGCACUUGCAGUCAUGAAUCUGUUUUUUUUUUUAAUAUUACAAGAAGCCUUCUUUUCUUGUUUUUGGUAUAUUUCCUUCCCACUAAGCUCUGUUGGUACUUUUGAAUUCACUGACUGACACCUAUCUUAAGUUACAGAAAGGUUCUUUGUUUUUUCAUUGUUUGCCUGCAAUGGUUCUCAGCACAAUUACAUGAGCUACACAUGUACUGUAACUGAAUUUCUAAAAUUUCAUCUUAGCCAACCCUAAUGUUGCUACUUCCUAAUUUUUGAAAGAUGGCACCCUGUUUUUGAAGUAUUAUUUGUUCAUUUUUUUUUUUACCCUAUAAUAAAAAAAUGGUUAUCUUUAUUUCAAGAGGGUUGCACAUUUAUGAGAUCUUCUCCUACAUUUUGUCACAGGAGAUCUUUGAAAAACUUUCUCAUAUGUAAAUAUUUUGCCCUCUCUGUUUUUAUCUGUUGAGACAACGAGAUCAGUUGCAUGUAAGGUCAUUAAGAGACAGUUGUUCAAUCACCUUUAUUAGAAGGUUUUACUGCAUUUGACUGUCGGUUGGGGAAUGCGUUAUUUUUAUUGUGUACUUUUUACUGUAUUUGUUGUCAAUUUUUUAUAAAUCUCCUAAACAAAGAAUGCUGGCAUUUGCCAAAGGGCUUGGCUUUCACAAGUGAGUAUGAUAUUAGCAAUGAGUCAUAGGCGAUGAUUGGAGCAUGCAUUACAUUGUGGUAAUGCAUGUACCAUCAUUUUAGAACUUGUAUGCGUCAUCUCAUUCCAACCUUAAGAUCUCAAUUAUUAGAUGUAUUCAUGUAAAAUAUUUCCAGUGCUCUCGUAGCUCUUAGCAGCUGCCAAAGAGGUUUGUAUGGACCCAGAGGCAUAAAAUCAAUAUAAUUAUGUGAAUUCCUGUCCACUAAACAAAAAAGAGAGAGCUUUGUUUAUCCAUAAGAGAUUAAGUACAGAAGUAACCUGUUCUUGCCCUUGUAAAAUGAAACCAGAAAUGACAAAAAGUGAUUUAAAUUAGUGUUGUACAAUGUAGGUUCUUAUGGAUGCAGUAAACGGUAAGUUGGAAAAUUGGAGUUGACACGACAGAAAAGCAACCUAUUAACCACUCACAUAUAGGGAUGAAUUUUCCAAUAUUUGCCACAAUAUUGUUAUAAACUGUAAUUAUUGCAACUUUUUUCCUUCCGUUUAGAUUUGCUAUGAUUGAGCUUGGUUCAGAAACAUCAUGCCAACUUGUCACAGAAAAAUUACCAAAAAUGUAAGUUAGUCUGCAGGGUGCAAAGAAUGUCAGUUUUACAGCCUGCCAUUUGGGCAAGCUGUAGCUAGCAUGUACUAGUCCACAAGUCAUUUCAACUAGCCCCAAAACCCUUUUUGAUUAGCAGAAUUGAUUACAAUCCUUCUAUAACUUGAAUUUCCCCAAAAAACAGUACUUGCCCAUUGGGCAAGUUAAGAACAAAACUCACUAGCCCGAUAGCAAAAUCCACUAGCUCCGGACUAUCAGACACUACUUUCUUUACGCACUGGUUUGAAAGUGAAGGUAAAAUAAGAGAAAAGUCUUGGAUAGUUCUGCUGCUUUGGUUGUGUUCCACCCUUGGUUAUCCUGUGCAAGAAACACAUUGAUCUAGCGUUGUUUUGGGGGGAGGAAAGGGGGCUGCAACUCUAGGAGAAAAGGGGGUGGGAGGGGUAGUGGAGAGCAGGAAAGGAUUUCACAGGUUCAGAGCACUGGGCUCCCUGUAAUUUUUCUUAGGGCACAGUCUUACCAAGGGUGUACACAAUGGUUUUUCUCUUUCAUUUACGUGCAGCAAAGCAGGGCAGGGACCUUUUAGUGAGACCAGAGGUCUGAAAUUUGAGUGGUCAAUCCAUAGCUUUUAUCCACAAAAUCAAAGGAUUAUAAUAAAUCAAUUAAAUAGAUUAUUAUAUAUCUUACUUAAUUAUUGACUCUUAGAAUGAAUGAGUUACAGGAAGUGACUUGGAGUUAAUUCAUAGGUUUUACUAAAAUUAUCUACAACUGUAUUUUAUUUCACACUUGUUAUUUUUCCCUGUUUCCGUAGGGAGAUUCAUUCACAGUUUCCAGUAGUUACUCCAGCAACAAAACAGUUCUUACAGCAGUUUGAAGCACAGUCGAGAAAAAGUAAGGGUGUUGUCAUUUUUUUUCCUAAUAAAUAUUGAUUUUUACUGCUGAAGGCUAUCUAAGAAUUACUUUUUUUUCAAAACUUAGCCAAGAGACACACUGUUAAUUUUGAGAUGCAUACGAACAUUAGGAAACUUUCCUUUUGGAAAAUGCUUUGUUUAAACCAGUGGUGUGUAACAUUCCUCAACAUAAGUCUCCAGUAACUCAAUGUUUAGAGUUUCGUCAAACAAGUACUUGGAAGCUCGUGGGCUGGACAUUUUGAGGGCAUAGAGAAUUUUUUUUUUUGGUUAUGUGGGGAUCCUGAAGUUGCAUCUAACUCAGUGGUUUGUCCCAGCUACCCAGGAUAAGAAACCACACUCGGUGAAAAAGAUUCUGUGGUUACAACACAAACUAUGCCAAAUUUUGCUUGAACAAUACCUGUAGAUUGACAUUUUUUUCUCGCAUUUGCUUCAAAUGGAAAUUCACUUUCAUUUUCUUGCUUAGCUGAUCAAAUCCGCGUAUUGUCUUGCAAUUGAAAAAAUUAAUGAUUGACAUUGAAGUAGUUAAAAUGCUACCAAUCAUCUUAUACAAUCAAUGUUAAGGUACUAACCGAAAAAAUAAUAAACAUUGAUUGACACACACACAGGACUUGAGAGCAUUUUGUAAGAAAAUUAAUGAUAAGUUUGUUGGUAAUUUUUCAGAUAACCCUGGGGCUCCUGGAGGAGGUCAUGCUGAACAUGAAGGCCCAGGAUACCAACAAGGUGGAGGCAGGGGAUUUGGAUAUAACCGCGGAGGGUUCAGAGGGCGUGGUGGAUUCCCUGUCCGUCCUGGAAUGGGCCGUGGGUUUGAUCAUGGACCACCUCCUGGAGAUAUGGGACAUGGAGGGCCCUGGAUGGGUAAGGAGACCAUCAAUAAUUUGUGUAACAAUGAAGAAAUGUCUGUAAAAACUAUUUUGCUUUCUGCGAAGAAAGGCUUUUUAAAAGCAUGUUGGCCAAGUUCUAAGGUAAAGCUUUCUUUUAAUUGACUGGGACCAGUUUUACAAAAGGUAGAUAUACUAUCCACUUGAUAAAUCUUUAUCCAAUGGAUAGCUCAGUUGGUUUCCCUAAAACUGCUGGAUAGUGAUUUAUCUGCUGGAUAGCACUAUCCACCAAUUGAACAACCCUCAGCCUGAUGUGUAACUUGCAAGCUCUGUUUAUAUUAAGUCUCAAAUGUUUUUGGAAGCAGUUUCAAAGUUAAGUACAUACCGUAUAUGACCUAAUAAACACUCACUUCCAAAUAAAUGCCUCUUAUCUAAUUAAUGCCCCCGCUACGCUGUUAAAAUUCUAUUAAAUGCCCCUCUCUAAUGGACGCCCCAUCUGAUAGAUGCCCCCUUUGAGAAUUACUCCAAAGUACUAGGAAUAAGAAAAAGGAGCAAAAUCAUUUCAAUUCAUUCAGUUUCUUGCUUGAUUAACAAGACUUUGCAUAUUUUAUUUUAUUCAAUCUCAAGUUCAAAGUAGACUAACACUGGCAACACAAUAACCCUGAGCAAGGAUUCUGAUCACUGUUGAGAUUUGAAAGAGCAAUAUAGAUCUGUAGAUGGCCUAGACAUAUCAAUUGAUUGGUGGAAUGGAUAUUCCGCUAUUUUUAAACCCUUGUAAUUUUUUUACCAAAUGCAUAUUAGUUUUAUUGAACUUGUGUUACAGCUAUGAGAAUAAACACCUCUCUCUUUUAAAUGCGUCCUAUCUAUUUAAUGCCCCUGCUUGGAACCCUAAAAUUGAAUAGACGCCCCGGGCGUUUAUCAGGUCAUUUAUGAUAAUGUAACAAGGGACAGAUUAAAGGCAUUUUGUUCAAUUCAGCACUUGUUUUUUCUCAUCCUUCAGGUCCUGGACAUAUGGGAAUGCCUAGACAUCCCCCACCUGGGAUCCCGCCAUAUGCUGAACACCCACCUCCAUACUACCCCAUGGUACACCCACCCCAUGGCGACAAACCUCCUGGCCCCAUGCCACCUCAAAUGCAUGUACCACCGGUAAGAACACUAAGAAUGCACCCUAAUAAAUAAAAAGAAGAAUUUGGUAUUUGAUCGGGAGUCACUUGGGGCCUUAUUCCACAACAAACCCAUUAAUAAUAGAAGUUUCCAUGGUUUUUUCAACUAUUGACUAGGACCAGUUAGUGAAAAUCCGUCAAUACAGCUGUAAAGAACGCCUUAAAAUCAGUGUAGUUGCCAAGUUUGAAAGUGAUUUGUGGAAAACUAACUGAGAUAUAGCUCUGCAAAGUUGUGAAAUUUUAUUUGUAUGGUGGGGGGCGAAUUAGUGUCCUCCACGAUACAAAUAUCUGUAAAAUGUCAUGGCUUUGCGGAGCAAUAUCUUUUCUCUCUUCAGACUUACAACCUUUAAAGUUGGUAAGUCACUUCAUUUUAAGACCCUCUUUCCGGCAGUGUCAAUGGAUAUUCACUUAAUGCUCUUUAUCAAAAGUUGAAAAAUUAAAACAUGGAAGGGUCUAUUAUUACUACCUAGUAUGGUUGUAAUAUCAUUUCUGUUUUACAUGUACUGACCCCCGUUUUAGAAUAUGAUCUUAUGAUGUCGGUGCCAAUGCAUUUUGUAGUCAAGUAUAUAAUUGUAUUGUGGAUCUUCCCAUCUCAAAGUUUUUAUCUUCUAUAGGUCACAUGGCUUUAGUGUAUCUUCGUAUUGAAGUUAAUUAUUUAGUCCACUGCUUGAUUUCAAGAUAAGAUGGUUUUGAUCUUACGUAGUGUUCCUAAAUGCGGAGAAUACAACUAUAAAGCUCACGAGAAUCACCAUACUUGCAUGUAUGUGUUUCAGGUCAAAUUUGAUUUCAGGUUAAAUUUUUUUAACCCAGAUUGAUUCUCAAUUUUCUUUGUCUCCUAGCCCUAAUUAUUCAUGAAUUAGGGCCCGGAAACAAAGGGAAUGAGAUUCAACCUAGGUUAAAUCAAAAUAAUAAACCUGAAAUCAAAUUUCACCUGUUACAUGUAUAUUACCUUACACUGAUUUUCUAGGUUUUAUAAAAAUUAUGCUAUAAAAAUUUUUGAUUUUUACUUUUUACAAUGUACUAAGUGUAGAAUCAUUAAAUGUCUUCUCUGUUACUUUGUAUAUGAUUUUGUUGUUGUUGUUGUUGUUGUUUAAUUUAGCAACCCCCACCACCAGGAGCAGGUCCCAUGCCUGAUCACAGGGCUCCAGGUACUUUUAGUCUUUCUCUUUUUGUUUGUUAAUGAAGCUACAAUCAAAAUUGUUGAAACACUGUCCUUAGCCUGUGUAGCAAGCAUUUUUGUGUGGUUUCGGAGCAAAGAAUGAGGAACUAGAGUCAAAGACUGGCACUCUUGUUCCAUUUUUGCGCAGCCAAACCUGAAACAGCACUGCCGAAUUGGUCUUAAGUGUGCCUGUUUUGGGUCCACCACUGCCAAGCCGGAUUUGUUGUAAGGUUAAUCUUUCCUAAAUUUCAUUAGCCAAAUUUAUUUUCUACUUUGUUGCACAUCAGAAACUGAGGGUAACAUUUAAUCUCUUUUAGGCAUGGUUCCACAUUUUCCCAAACCUCCUGUUGCACCACAUGUGAAUCCUGCAUUUUUCCCUGAAGGACCACCGGUAAGUUUCUCUCCAAACCAUGCAUGUGCAUACCACAUUAUUAUAGAUUAUUUCAGCUUCUCUAGAAGAAUAUCUAAGAUAUGCAAAGAACUGAAAAUAAAUUGGAGAACAAGUCUUUCAAUGUUAAUAUGCCUGUUACAACAAGCUUUUUAAAAAGGGGUUAUUGUAAGAUGGUUUUGCAUUCAGUUCUUUUAUAAUAUGAAUGCUGUGGUGUUGUAGCAGAGGGUAGUUAUCAAAUCAGUGAAAAAAAGCUUUGGUUGGUAUUUGUUUAUUGUGGCUUAAGCAGAAUCUUUAAAGCAAGAGAAGUACUACCAGCUGUGCCUGCACCUGAGUACUUCUUGCCACCAACCCAUAAUCCUUCUGCCUUUAUCUGAUUUUUAGCCGGAUGCGUUCCUAGCAGCUGGAGGUCCUAAUGCAAUGUCGCAGUUUAUGCCCAGACCUGCAGGUACUCAUCUGCAUUUAUCUAAAUAUCGAAUUAAUUGUUAGAGCAUCCAUUUGUAAAAUGUGGAAAAAUUCUGGGUCACUACAAAGUUUAUAAUACCUUUAAUUCUUUUGUAACUCCUUGAAAUGUCCCCGCAUUUCUCUGGAAAAAGGGAUGGCAUAUUCUCUCCCUGUGUUUUAAUGUUAGCCAACACUCAAAUAGUGCCAAAUCUUAUUAAAAUUACAGUUUGACGUGAAUAGACAAAUCUUGAUAUAUUAAAAUUCAUACUUGGCUAUGAGAAUAAAACAAAAUAAUGAAGUCAUCUUGAGGCUCAGCAAUGAAUAAUACGUUUCUUUUGUUUUAGUCCCCCAAGCCUCUGAGCCAAAUAUGAAUUUUAAAAUAUUGAAAUUGGUCAAUUGCAAAUACUUAUUCAUUGGGUAGUGUUUUAUCAGGAAGACUGAUAUUGAAAAGUUGGUCUCAGGUUAUUUGUGUCCAGUCUAGCGGUCCUUGUAACAAUAAUAGGCACCUUAAGAUUGUCCCUCUUAUGAUAACUUAUCAGGCCCUUAUUGUAUUCCUAAUUUAGUUCUAUUUAUGUGCUAGUCAGCAAUGGAAAAGAGUUAUAAUUUGGGGGAUACAGUAAAGAGGAGAAGUCAUUAUGUUACGUUUCCUUGGUAGCAAAAAUUUCUGGAUCUCAACAAACUGUUGAGAUCAAAAUGGCAGCCAUGUCCAUCAGUGUGCUCACAUAUUUCUUCACUGACAAGCCGAAAUCAAUUAAUCAGGGAGAAAACCACUAUAAUUCUAAACAUGUUGACUUAUUUGAAUAUUCUAAGUGGGAGUUUAAGAUUCCACUGUGGCGACGGCAACAGCAGCAAGAAUGACAAAAAAGCUGAAUAGGUUAAGAUUAUCAAAACAACAGCUUUGCACAUGCAGUGAAACUUUUUGUACAUUUGUUUGCAGUCAUUGCACUACUACGACUUGAUGAUGUGAAUUGCCAUCGUGUAAUUUCAUGUUUUAUCAACCAUGUGUGCAUGUGACGACGAAUUUCUUCAUCUCUUUUAAACUUGGAUAUUUUCUUAAGAAUUCAACUCCAAGAGAGUUCCCCUACAGCAUAAAACAAAGUGAGCAAGUUUAGAUAAUCGAUCUGAAGUUUUAUUGAACGCAAAGUCACUUUUUAGGUGACGUCAUUGCCGUCAUGGUGUGUUUUGUUGAGAUCCAGAAAUUUUGCUACCAUGUUAAUGCGACAUCACCCUUCUCUCUAUUGGCUGGAAAUUCCAAAGUCAUACUCUUACUUGAUUCCUACUCAUACUCAUAUCCAAAGGCCAGUGAUCAGUCCUUGCUGUUGGAGAGGUCUGUAGUGGGGUAGAAAAUUAGGGAAUAAAAAUGUUGGCUGUAUGGGAAAUUUUAGUUUCUGAUCCCGUCCCCCUCAUGCCCAUCUAUCCAGUCUUUAAGUCAGUAAUAAAUGCGAAGUGACGUUGGUAAAUUCAUUUCUAGAUGAAUACAGUGAGUCAAUGAAGAGAAAUCAGGUCCUUGCCAGUAGUGCUAUCAAGAGAGCUAUGGCUGAUGCUAAUGCUGGUAAGCUGCUAUUUUUAUCUUUCUUUUGAUCUCACCCUUUCACUUGUGAGUGUGCCCUAAUUUAAAAUAUCCUGAACUUUGCAUUGUAGCUACUGGGGAAAGAUAGUGUAAUAUUACCAUGUAGGUACUGCUAAAAGGGUUUUAUUUCAAUAGCUGUACCCAGGGCUGUUGUCCUAGGCUUGAUACUUUAACUUUAUGUCCCCAUGCUUACCUUGGGCGCCAGGGGCUUUUUGUCACUUGCUGCAAUUGAGUGUGGCAGACAUGCUUUGGGGUCAGUCAUAGGCCGACAUCUUCGACCAAAGGGCUAAGCCAAGAGCUGCAAAGCUGCAAGAGAAAAACUUUUUUGUGUAGGUUGCUAAUGUAAAGACCUGCCCGGAACUAAUAGUGUAUUUAAUGGUGUUUGUUUUCAGUUAUGUUCAUUUUAAUAUAUUUACGAUAUAUAUAAAUAACUUGUAUGUCAAUGCUGUGACCUCUACCUGACCACAUCUAUGUAAUGGGAAACGCGUAGAUGUAGAUGUUCUCUCUCUAGGUCUCGAGUGACAAGUCUGCCUGCAACACAGGCUACUACAAUUGACUCCAAGGGUGAAAGGGUUUUGUGUGUAGAUACAGUAACACAUCUUACUCUUCUUUUAACAACUAGGUGACUAUGAAAGUGGAAUAGAAACAUUAGUUGGAGCUAUCUCUCUUAUCAAACAGUCACCAACAGCUGUAGAGGAGAGAUGUCAGGUAAGGCACUUUGAAACAACUGAGUCAAAAUACCCAUUGUGUUCUGCUGAUUAUUUAAACGAUGAUUUUAAACUGCGGGCAGUCCUGCUGCCAAACUGAAAGGGACUGUUUGCAGAUUAGAAUGAUUUCGGACAGUGGAACCCCGCUGAAACCAUCACCAGUGGGUCAUAAAAAUUUGGCCGUAUUAACGGGGUGGCCGUAUUACUGGGGGAGGGUCAAAUUUCAUGACUUAAGCCGACCGGAAUGACAAAUACACCACACAUUGCAUUCGCACUUCUUGAACAACUGUUCUCUUUAAUAAACAACCGGAGUGAAGAUAUCGCGAACAGUAAUGGCAAAAACUACUUGAAACUUUUCUUUAGUACAUAAAACACUAUCAUUAAACCGCCACAAUUGCUUUUGAAGUGUACUUCAGUCUAAAGGCAAUACAAGAACAGGCUCAGCUGGCUAGAUCAGUGAAAUUGACACGUCACAGGCAUUUUAAUUUUCUAAAUUUGGCACAAGUGGCCUUAUUAUAAAAGAUUCUGCUGUUUGGAAUUUAAAAAUGUGGCCGUUGGCUGUAUUAACGGGUGACCGCAGUAACGAGGGUUUUUUUUAUAACAAAAUGUAUGACGACCGUUUUGCCGUUUAAACCAGGUGGCCGUAAGGCGGGGUUCCGCUGUACAUUACCAAAAAGGUCAAGGUUUUUUUUUCAAUGCUAGUUUUAUGUUAUUAGAGCGGUUUUCAUUUGUGUGUCGAAAAGUAAUUGGUUUUGCACUUUCUACACGAUGCGAUUGGCUUAAAAGAUUCGCGCCACCUUUUCAUCCAAUCAGAAGUAAAACCAAAGCCAAUUGUGACGCGCUCGCAUGCAUUUUCCCGCGCUUUGCGUCAGCCACAUGUAAUUACUUCGAGUUUUGAUUGGUUCAAUGUAUUGUCUGUGUCCUAUGUGAUUGGCCAGAGUAAUUACUUUGGUUUUGGUUUUACGACACUCAAACGAAAACCACUCUAUGAUAUCCUUUAGUCAGGUGGUAGGAGACUGUUCCUCCAUAGCUAAGUACUUCUGACCUACCACUGUCCAACAUCGUAGUCCUCAACUUUCUGCCUGCUAAUGAAGUAGCUCGCACUUUAUGAAGCUGUUAGGAAGCUUCCUUAAAAUGCUCAUGUGCUGUCCACAAAAUAAACUCUUCAAGAAAUAUAUCCAUCAUUUUUAAAUGGUCACUAUCUUGGACAAAACUACUUGACUUGAGAAAAUAACCCAGGCGUGGUAUUUGGCUUAAGACCUGUUCCCCUAAUUCAACGACUGAUUCACAGCCGACGCCUGGGUAACACUGACCAGAUGCAAAUGACAUUGAUUAGAGGAGAGGUAGGGUCAUUAACUGUUUUGGUCGUCUGUCUGUCUUUCCGUAGAAGCGUAAUUUUCUCAACAAUUUGAUGCAAGUUUUUAGAUAUUCCAGGUCGUGACCGUGAAGUAGUGACUGGAUGUAUUAUUUCUGUUCUAGGUACUUGUUCAGUCAUUGCAAGAUUGUCUUCAAGGACUUGAAGCACAGCUGCUUGAAAGAAGGUAAGUAUAUAUUGCUGAAUGUUUCUUUAGCUUUAACUAUCAAAAAUUUUAAUAUUUUGUUGAAUAGCUAACAUGUGGCUACCAAAGGGAAUGUUUAAUAUUCUAGGUCAAUUAAACGUUAGGAAGUUUUGUUCCGAAUCAGGGAAAAAUUGUUUUUUUGAAGAGGUUUUUUUCUUUAUCCAUUUCAGAUCGAUAGGAAGUAAACAUCAUUACAGUGAGAAGGACGACUUUGAAGGGGAAACCAGAGAAAAAAGACAUAGGCGUAGUCGACGGUCGCGGUCCAGAUCACGUGAUAGGGACAGGAGGUCAAGGUCACGAGACAAACGCUCAAGAUCACGUGAUCGCGAAAGACGCCACCGAAGAUGAUAAAGCGUUUGUGAAGACCUGUUAUUUUGAAAACUUUAUUUCAGAGAGAGGGUGUUUUGACGUGGACUUUGUCUCACUUUUCGCAAAUCAAGAGCUUUAAAAGGCUUACUUCACGUUUGACAUAUUUUACCUUCUUUUACGUACCUACGUUGCUUGCAGUUAGCUGUCAAGUACAUCCAAAAUUGAAUGAAUUUUGUGAAUCACGUCCGCAUAGGGUAGGGUAAAGCUCUUCUGUAAAUAGUCUCGAAAACUUGGAUUCAUUGUCCUUUCCUUACACUUAAGUUACCCCCUGCUUUAACGAAAGAAUUGUUUUCAUUCUGCAUUUGUAACUUUGAAAUAGUAACAUAAGUGGCAAAGAAAAAUGUCUUUCUCUUAGCUAUCUAUUCCGAGCUAUUUUGAAGGCAACGUUUUGUACCUCCGUCUUUUUAAUCUUCAGUUUACUUGAAUAAACAAGGAGAUAAACUUUUUUUGUAGUUUUAUAUGCCCUUAGUUUUUCUAUUUUUUGUCCCGACGAUUCAGUACGUAAUCCGCGAUGGAAAACAGAAAUUGUGCUCCCCAAACGAUCAGAUCUUCGCACAGGUGGCACAAUGUACCCACUUUGGUACAUUAUAGGAGUCAUCCAAUCGACAUUAAUUUGAUGUUACACGCGACGAUUUUUACUGCAACACAGCAUUGCGACAUUUUUUCGAAUGGUUACAAUAUUGCGAUGCUGUGGUUCGCUGAAAAUCGUCGUCGCGAACCGUCUCGGCCUUUAAGGUGGGUUUUUACUUAUCUUUACAAUAUUAGCAGCGAAAUAAAUAUCUAAGUCUAGGAACGAAAAAAGUAGCUCAUUCCUAUACCGAAGGUCCCCAAAAGAGGUCUUCAAUCCUGUCGGUCCCGACGUGAAUCUUCCCUGAAUCGCGCAUUCUCGACGCUAUUCAUUCAUUGACUAACCUUGAUCCCGAGCAUACGUCGAUAAGGUGCCUUACAAAAGAAAAAAAUCGACCAUUUUUGAAGGUCCCCAGUAUAGUUCUUCAAUCCUGACUGUCCCGUCAAGAAUCUUCCCUAAAUCGCGCGAACUCGACGGUUUUCAUUGACUUGUCCCGAUCCCAAGUAGCCUCCCACGCAGUCCUUUAGUUCGUCACGCAAUCCUCCAAACGAACGUGAGGCAGGAACGCGUGACGAACCGUUAAGGACGUCCGCGUGGGAGGCUACUUGAUCCCAAGCCGACGUCUUUAAGGUGCCUGAGAGAGCAGGGUAUAGAUCGACCAUUUUACGGUUGCGCACCAGACUGCAAUCGUGGGUUAGAAUUAUGUCGCACUGCACCAUGGGAUUGGUUCGGGCACGCUAUGGCUUCUUUUAUUCCCCAAAACAGUCCCAUACUGCAUUUCGACACAACAUCGACCCAGUCUCACUCUUAACACCAAGAUGGUCACUUCUCUGUCAUCUUUGGAGAGUGAUGUUAACCUGUUCUAAGCGCUCAGUUUAUCGGGACGAGCGAAAAGAAAAGCGAGCGCGUUAAAAGAUAUGGUGAUAGGACCACAGGCUAGGGUCGAGUAACCUCACUAAAGGAGUGUUUACAUGAUAAAUGGAUGAGUGGUUCACUCCACUUCCCUCUCGUGACUCUGUAUACCACAUAAUUUCCUCAUAUAUGCCGCUUCCAUCCCCGUUGCAGCAACAGGGCGAGAAUUUCAUUCCGGUGCAAAUCAUGUAAACAAGCAACGACCACUGGUUUGGGAAUGUUGGUCAUGUGACAGGAACAUGUUAACCUGAUACGAAAUCCAAAGGCCCCCGAUAUAAAGCUUGCGCUGGUACAAGUUUCUUAUGUAAACACCACCUAACAGAACUAACAGAUCUAAUUGUUGAUCAGGUAAAACCCUAUACUGUAGGCUUUUUUGUGAUAAAAACAACUAUAAAAUAUUCGUGCUCCCGCCAGAGGCUGCGAUUCCUUUAAGCUCGAUUUCCACCGCUCUCCCGAGUUCGAUUAUAAUUCCUCCACGAGAGAGACUAUCGCGGGUAAUCUGAGGCGGGUUCAUUUUCCCGGACAGCGGCCGGUAAUCGAGCCUCCGAUUCGUUUGGGACAGCGGUGCGAUACAAAUAGGAAGGUGGGAAGACAUAUGAGUAGAAAAAUAAGGUGCGUGUAACCUAAGACGCAUCCUAAAUAAGCCGCCAACUCCCCGUAAUGUAAUAUGGGAUAUGCAUGCUUGAUACCGGAUAUGCGGGGUUUACUCGAGUGCCACAACGAGUUUUUUUUCUUUUUUGGCGAGAUACAUAUUUCUAGUAUAUGGGAUACAAAAUGUAUUCGGCUCUAAAAUAGAACACGUCCUAGUUAAGACAUUUCUCUAAAACAUGUCACACAUUAAGUUCGUGUCUUUGACGCGUCUUACUUUUCCCUAUUGGUACAGUAUGUUUUAUCAUACAUGAAGAACCUGCCUAAAAAUAUAAUGGCACUUCACCUUGUAUUUUGCUUGUUAGAAACACCUGCCAUCUGAAUCAGCUUUGUGAAUGACACUUAAAAGAAAUAGACAAAAGAAUCUAACCAAUAAAGACCUUUUGUCGUAUCAUUCGCAUAAUCGCAAAUAUUCUUUCCUUUAAUAAUUUAUUCGCUCAACUUCCCCUAGCUUAACUUAUACAUGACUAUCAUUAAAAUACAUUUGCCCGCUUCAUUUUUGCCCACAUUAGUUUGACAAAGAACAUGAUAGUGACUUUCAUUUUAGGCUAGGGCAGAACGCUUCUGCCUCAUAAUGGAUUUGAAUAAAUGAUCAUAAACUGGGCUAAAUGCAAAUGUAUAAUCUUCGUUUGGUUCUUCAUAACAUUACAUAUUAAAUUACGAACUAAACUGUCAAAAGACAUCAUAUGACUGAGGCGACAAAACACCGUAUUCGAUUGCUAAAAAGCAAAAACCAUAAUUAUUAUGCGAAGAGACAGUAAUGUUUUAAAGAGGACUGAGGUGUCAGCUUAAAGGUGACGAAAUUGUUUCUAAAGCCGAUUUCGAGGAUUUACAGUAAUAUUCGUGUUUAAUUUGUAAACGGAAAGAAUUCCCAUGACAAGUUUAUGAUUUAUUUAAAUUCGACUAACUGGCCUUCAAAUUUGCGCUGAAUAUUUAACGAGAGACAACUAAACGGUUGCUAUCCUUCUUGUUGCUAAGCUGAAAAGUCAAACUGAGUUUAAAGCCAAAAUCAUUCAGUUUACGAUUUGAACCUGGGCGCCGAGAAUUGGAAGAAAACAUUCUGUUGAAGCAGCCGUGAUUUUUAAAGCUGUCUCAUGAAAUCGUUUGUUUGAAUAAGCGUGAACAAAAUGUCUUCAUCGAUAAUUGCGGGAGUAAACGUUGAAAACAUAUCAAGACAUCUGAAUUGCAGUCUUUGUAAAAGGCUGAUUCGAGGUCCGAAACUACUUCCCUGUUUACAUUCAUUUUGCCAGGUUUGUCUUCAAGAUCUCGCCGAGAAACUCGCUCCAAAUGAAUCGCUGGUUUGUCCACUGUGCAAGACAGACGCGAGAAUUUCAAGAGAUGAUAUAGAAGCUUUGCCAGUUAAUUCAUUCUUGGAUAACAUGUUGGAUAUUGCAUUGAUAAAUUCGAGCGACAGAGAACCCGUGCCGUGCACGAACUGCGACUCCGCGGCAAAUUCUAGAUGCGCUGACUGCGGGGAAUUUCUUUGCGAAAAAUGCUACAGCAUUCACAGAAGGAGUCGGCAGACGAAAGAACACAAAGUUCUCACAAUUGGCGAACUUCUUGAGAGCAAAACCGGCGAAGAUCUUCACAGGCCGGCAUUUUGCAACAUCCAUCGUAGUGAGCAAUUGAGAUACUACUGCGAGACAUGCAACGAAGCAGUAUGCAGAGACUGCGUUCUAAUUGAACAUCGCCAGCACAAAUACGAUUAUGUGAAAGACUCAAAAAAGGUACAGAAACAGAGAACGGUUGUGGAGAACCUGUUCGCGCAAUGUGCAGAAAAUAUCCCAUUGCUGGAAAAGUCGAUUAAACAGAUUCAAGGCAUUUCAGAAACCCUUCAUGGGACGCUGGCCACGGUGAAAGCAGAAAUUCGACAAACUGCUUUACAGCAGAUAAAAGUUGUAAAGGACACAGAACGAAAACUUUUGACGGAAGUGGAGAAGAUUCAUAACGCGAAAUCGACAAUUUUGCGGCGGCAAAAGAACAAAUUGGAAGAAGAUUUCGCGAGGUUUAGCGCCGGUUGCGAUUUUUCUGAGCAAGUAUUAAAAUACGCUAACGAGGUAGAGCUACUCUCGCUGAAGGUACACAUCACUAAAAGACUAACAGACUUAAAAAACACUGAACUUGACUGCGAACCACACGAAAACGCUGAACUCAAAUACGAAGUGAACAACAAGGAAGCUGAGGCCAUGCUGGCGCAUUCUUUAGGAAGUAUAAAGACAAAUGUCAGUCAACAUCUACUGUUAGAAGAUAUUGAGGUUCCUUCAAUGAAUGAAAGCGCGAGCGAGACAGAACAUGUUCUGAAAGAAGCUCCAAAACUUUCAGUGGAAUUGCGAGACUCAAGCGGAGUUCUCCUUCCACCUGAUAUACUUCAUCAAGGUAAAUAUAUUUCUUUUUUUAUCUGCGUCGAUAUAAACUGAUAAAAGAUUUAUUCCUCCUCAAUUAGUGUAUUAUUUUGAUGCUAGUACGAUAUACUGACGAGCAGUUCCGUUUCAAUUGCAAGUUUUGUUUUGCAGUUCUAUACCAUAAAUUUGCGCAUUUUCUCUGUCUCAUUUAAAACAAUCUUUUUUCUGAGCCAUUUAAUGUUUUAAAACAUUUUCAUAUUUGAGUUUUUCCGUCAUUUUUAAUAUCACCUUGUUCAAAUACUCUAAUGAAGGAAUUCUUCCCUUUAAUUACAUGUUUUCCAGUCAUCUCCGUUACCUUGUUUCUGUAAGUUCAAAGGUUAAACAAAUGAGUAUAUUCGUCUUACUUAUUUAAGUUGGCCUAUAAAUCAUUGAAUAGUUUGCUUAUUAAACAUGUAUAGCUUGUGUAAAUCCCGUGGAGGGACUCCCAUAUAAAAGCGAGGAUGCUCGUCGUCUCGCUUAGGGGUCAGAAAUUGCAGAUUUUGGUCUCACUUGGAUAAGCGCGUUUGAGCCACACCCACUUUGGUCUCCCUUAGGGGUUUAAUUUUAAUUUUCCGACAAGCAUCCCCGUCAAUUUUAUAUAUGGGAGUCCCCCGCCGGGAUAUGUAAACUUUGUUUCAGCAUUAGACACUUGCUGGAAUUAGGCUAACAACUCGUAGAACUUAAUCAUUUUCUGGAAUAAUUUGACUAUUUAAAGGCUAUUCAAUCAGAAAAUCUAGUUUAAGUGAAUUUCUUUCAGCUCAAUUUUUUCCUCUUUUCUCCAAGCCGACGGACAAUCAUUCUCAGCUUAUCACCCUUUCUUUUCAUACAUGAAGAACCUGCCUAAAAAUAUAAUGGCACUUCACCUUGUAUUUUGCUUGUUAGAAACACCUGCCAUCUGAAUCAGCUUUGUGAAUGACACUUAAAAGAAAUAGACAAAAGAAUCUAACCAAUAAAGACCUUUUGUCGUAUCAUUCGCAUAAUCGCAAAUAUUCUUUCCUUUAAUAAUUUAUUCGCUCAACUUCCCCUAGCUUAACUUAUACAUGACUAUCAUUAAAAUACAUUUGCCCGCUUCAUUUUUGCCCACAUUAGUUUGACAAAGAACAUGAUAGUGACUUUCAUUUUAGGCUAAGGCAGAACGCUUCUGCCUCAUAAUGGAUUUGAAUAAAUGAUCAUAAACUGGGCUAAAUGCAAAUGCAUAAUCUUCGUUUGGUUCUUCAUAACAUUACAUAUUAAAUUACGAACUAAACUGUCAAAAGACAUCAUAUGACUGAGGCGACAAAACACCGUAUUCGAUUGCUAAAAAGCAAAAACCAUAAUUAUUAUGCGAAGAGACAGUAAUGUUUUAAAGAGGACUGAGGUGUCAGCUUAAAGGUGACGAAAUUGUUUCUAAAGCCGAUUUCGAGGAUUUACAGUAAUAUUCGUGUUUAAUUUGUAAACGGAAAGAAUUCCCAUGACAAGUUUAUGAUUUAUUUAAAUUCGACUAACUGGCCUUCAAAUUUGCGCUGAAUAUUUAACGAGAGACAACUAAACGGUUGCUAUCCUUCUUGUUGCUAAGCUGAAAAGUCAAACUGAGUUUAAAGCCAAAAUCAUUCAGUUUACGAUUUGAACCUGGGCGCCGAGAAUUGGAAGAAAACAUUCUGUUGAAGCAGCCGUGAUUUUUAAAGCUGUCUCAUGAAAUCGUUUGUUUGAAUAAGCGUGAACAAAAUGUCUUCAUCGAUAAUUGCGGGAGUAAACGUUGAAAACAUAUCAAGACAUCUGAAUUGCAGUCUCUGUAAAAGGCUGAUUCGAGGUCCGAAACUACUUCCCUGUUUACAUUCAUUUUGCCAGGUUUGUCUUCAAGAUCUCGCCGAGAAACUCGCUCCAAAUGAAUCGCUGGUUUGUCCACUGUGCAAGACAGACGCGAGAAUUUCAAGAGAUGAUAUAGAAGCUUUGCCAGUUAAUUCAUUCUUGGAUAACAUGUUGGAUAUUGCAUUGAUAAAUUCGAGCGACAGAGAACCCGUGCCGUGCACGAACUGCGACUCCGCGGCAAAUUCUAGAUGCGCUGACUGCGGGGAAUUUCUUUGCGAAAAAUGCUACAGCAUUCACAGAAGGAGUCGGCAGACGAAAGAACACAAAGUUCUCACAAUUGGCGAACUUCUUGAGAGCAAAACCGGCGAAGAUCUUCACAGGCCGGCAUUUUGCAACAUCCAUCGUAGUGAGCAAUUGAGAUACUACUGCGAGACAUGCAACGAAGCAGUAUGCAGAGACUGCGUUCUAAUUGAACAUCGCCAGCACAAAUACGAUUAUGUGAAAGACUCAAAAAAGGUACAGAAACAGAGAACGGUUGUGGAGAACCUGUUCGCGCAAUGUGCGGAAAAUAUCCCAUUGCUGGAAAAGUCGAUUAAACAGAUUCAAGGCAUUUCAGAAACCCUUCAUGGGACGCUGGCCACGGUGAAAGCAGAAAUUCGACAAACUGCUUUACAGCAGAUAAAAGUUGUAAAGGACACAGAACGAAAACUUUUGACGGAAGUGGAGAAGAUUCAUAACGCGAAAUCGACAAUUUUGCGGCGGCAAAAGAACAAAUUGGAAGAAGAUUUCGCGAGGUUUAGCGCCGGUUGCGAUUUUUCUGAGCAAGUAUUAAAAUACGCUAACGAGGUAGAGCUACUCUCGCUGAAGGUACACAUCACUAAAAGACUAACAGACUUAAAAAACACUGAACUUGACUGCGAACCACACGAAAACGCUGAACUCAAAUACGAAGUGAACAACAAGGAAGCUGAGGCCAUGCUGGCGCAUUCUNUGUAAAAGGCUGAUUCGAGGUCCGAAACUACUUCCCUGUUUACAUUCAUUUUGCCAGGUUUGUCUUCAAGAUCUCGCCGAGAAACUCGCUCCAAAUGAAUCGCUGGUUUGUCCACUGUGCAAGACAGACGCGAGAAUUUCAAGAGAUGAUAUAGAAGCUUUGCCAGUUAAUUCAUUCUUGGAUAACAUGUUGGAUAUUGCAUUGAUAAAUUCGAGCGACAGAGAACCCGUGCCGUGCACGAACUGCGACUCCGCGGCAAAUUCUAGAUGCGCUGACUGCGGGGAAUUUCUUUGCGAAAAAUGCUACAGCAUUCACAGAAGGAGUCGGCAGACGAAAGAACACAAAGUUCUCACAAUUGGCGAACUUCUUGAGAGCAAAACCGGCGAAGAUCUUCACAGGCCGGCAUUUUGCAACAUCCAUCGUAGUGAGCAAUUGAGAUACUACUGCGAGACAUGCAACGAAGCAGUAUGCAGAGACUGCGUUCUAAUUGAACAUCGCCAGCACAAAUACGAUUAUGUGAAAGACUCAAAAAAGGUACAGAAACAGAGAACGGUUGUGGAGAACCUGUUCGCGCAAUGUGCGGAAAAUAUCCCAUUGCUGGAAAAGUCGAUUAAACAGAUUCAAGGCAUUUCAGAAACCCUUCAUGGGACGCUGGCCACGGUGAAAGCAGAAAUUCGACAAACUGCUUUACAGCAGAUAAAAGUUGUAAAGGACACAGAACGAAAACUUUUGACGGAAGUGGAGAAGAUUCAUAACGCGAAAUCGACAAUUUUGCGGCGGCAAAAGAACAAAUUGGAAGAAGAUUUCGCGAGGUUUAGCGCCGGUUGCGAUUUUUCUGAGCAAGUAUUAAAAUACGCUAACGAGGUAGAGCUACUCUCGCUGAAGGUACACAUCACUAAAAGACUAACAGACUUAAAAAACACUGAACUUGACUGCGAACCACACGAAAACGCUGAACUCAAAUACGAAGUGAACAACAAGGAAGCUGAGGCCUUGCUGGCGCAUUCUUUAGGAAGUAUAAAGACAAAUGUCAGUCAACAUCUACUGUUAGAAGAUAUUGAGGUUCCUUCAAUGAAUGAAAGCGCGAGCGAAACAGAACAUGUUUUGAAAGAAGCUCCAAAACUUUCAGUGGAAUUGCGAGACUCAAGCGGAGUUCUCCUUCCACCUGAUAUAUUUCAUCAAGGUAAAUAUUUCUCUUUUCUUAUCUGCGUCGAUAUAAUCUGAUAAAAAAAUUUAUUCUUCCUCAAUUAGUGUAUUCUUUUGAUGAUAGUACUAUAUACUGACGUGCAAUGCCGUUUCGUUUAAAGUUUUGUUUUGCAGUUCUCUACAAUAAAUUUGCGAAUUUUCUCUGUCUCAUUUAGAACAAUCUUUUUCCUAAGCCAUUUAAUGUUUUAAAACAUUUUCAUGUUUGAGUUUUUCCGUCAUUCUUAAUAUCCCCUUGUUCAAAUACUCUAAUGAAGGAAUUCUUCCCUUUAAUUACAUGUUUUCCGGUGAUCUCCGUUACCUUGUUUCUGUAAGUUGAGAAGUUAAACAAAUGAGUAUAUUCGUCUUAUUUAUUUUAAGUUGACCUAUAAAUCAUUGAAUAGUUUGCUUAUUAAACAUGUAUAGCUUGUGUACAUCCCUGGGAGGGACUCCCAUGUAAAAGUGACGAGGGUGCUCGUCGUCUCGAUUAGGGGUCAUAAAUUGCAGAUUUUGGUCUCACUUAGAUAAGCGCGUUUGAGCCAGACCCACAUUGGUCUCUUUCAGGGGUUUAAUUUUAAUUUUCCGACAAGCAUCCCCGUCAAUUUUAUAUAUGGGAGUCCCCCGCCGGGAUAUGUAAACUUUGUUUCAGAAUUAGACACUUGCUGGAAUUAGGCUAACAACUCGUAGAACUUAAUCAUUUUCUGGAAUAAUUUGACUAUUUAAAGGCUAUUCAAUCAGAAAAUCUGGUUUAAGUGAAUUUCUUUCAGCUUAAUUUUUCUCUCUUUUCUCCAAGCCGACGGACAAUCAUUCUCAGCUUAUCACCCUUUCUUCAAUGGUGUCUUCUCAUUUGCCGUCUUUUCGCGUGGACAAAUUGUAGAAGGAUUUCCUCUGGAGAUAAACAUCGGAGAUGUCGCACCACGUGUACGAAGCGCAAAGAGAGCGAUCGCGGGAAGUGGAUCCAAGUUUGGAAGGCUAAGCGAUCCACAGGGGGUAGCAGUGGAUCAAGAUGGCAACGUGAUUGUUAGUGACUCGCGCAACCACCGGCUCCAGGUAUGUGCGUUUUGGUCAGUCAGCACGCCACUUCAGUGUUAGCCAGUGGCAUUAGAUACCUUUGGAUUCUAAGACGAGUACGACUACGAGUACUAGAUUUCCUCAGUACUAAGUAGUGGUGAACCAACGUCAUUUUGGCGGCAAAACAAGGUAGCCGUGGUCAUUCUACUACGAGUUUUAGCGAGAUGUAGAAGUGGCAGAAACAAGAUAUCAAUUGUUAGAAGUUUAAUCAUUUUGCGAUCGGGUGAGCGCGUAACUUCCUUCACUAAAGAUAACAGUGCUAACAUUUCUAGUGAAAAAUGGGAAAAUGAAGCUUUCCGAGAAGUUUAUAUUUUGAGAAUACGCGAAAAAACGUCAAGUCAAAUCUCGCACUUGUCCUUAGACUUGCUACAAGUCGACCUCUUGGCGAGCGAAGCGAGCCUUGUUUGGCCGCGAAGCGGCCGACCGCGAGCGACGAAGUCGCGAGAGGUCCGCGCCAUAUGAAAUCCUACGAAGGACUUUUGGAAAGUCUAACUUGUCCUGGUCCCCAAAUCUAAAGGUCUCUUAUCACAGAUGGGGGGAGACGUAUAUGACGGGUAAUGCGUAGUAGUAACUGGACACUUUUCUGACCAAGAAUAAAGUGUUAAACAGUUUUCAGCCAAGAAAUGUUCCGAAAACAUCCAGAAGAGGGCUGGGAAUGGGUUUGCAUAUGCGGCCCUACAGAUGUCUCUUCUUCAUGUAAUAAAUAGUUGACGGAGUGGCGAAAAUUCUGAGGCCUAAGAACUAGGCCACCGUAGACACUGUAGGAAUGUGUUCGCUGCCGCCGCGCGAUAGAACGGUUAGCGACUUGAAGUCAUAACAUUUCUGUUUGUGUGACAGGUGUUCGACAUGGAGGGUAAUUUCCGUUUCCGGUUUGGAUCACCAGGAAGUGGAGAUGGUCAUUUCCAGUCUCCCAGUGGAGUGGCCGUCACCCCCGAAGGCAAUAUUGUCGUAGCAGACACAAUGAAUAACAGAAUCCAGGUAAGUUUUGCUAAAACAAAAUCUCUGUAAAAUUCCAUUUCUCUGCUGUGCUAUGAUUAAGGCAUUUGGGUCGCUUGUUUGAUCGCCUGCCCUUACGGGUGUUUAAUAUUUAUUCACUUAGUAGCCGCUUANUUUGGUCAGUCAGCACGCCACUUCAGUGUUAGCCAGUGGCAUUAGAUACCUUUGGAUUCUAAGACGAGUACGACUACGAGUACUAGAUUUCCUCAGUACUAAGUAGUGGUGAACCAACGUCAUUUUGGCGGCAAAACAAGGUAGCCGUGGUCAUUCUACUACGAGUUUUAGCGAGAUGUAGAAGUGGCAGAAACAAGAUAUCAAUUGUUAGAAGUUUAAUCAUUUUGCGAUCGGGUGAGCGCGUAACUUCCUUCACUAAAGAUAACAGUGCUAACAUUUCUAGUGAAAAAUGGGAAAAUGAAGCUUUCCGAGAAGUUUAUAUUUUGAGAAUACGCGAAAAAACGUCAAGUCAAAUCUCGCACUUGUCCUUAGACUUGCUACAAGUCGACCUCUUGGCGAGCGAAGCGAGCCUUGUUUGGCCGCGAAGCGGCCGACCGCGAGCGACGAAGUCGCGAGAGGUCCGCGCCAUAUGAAAUCCUACGAAGGACUUUUGGAAAGUCUAACUUGUCCUGGUCCCCAAAUCUAAAGGUCUCUUAUCACAGAUGGGGGGAGACGUAUAUGACGGGUAAUGCGUAGUAGUAACUGGACACUUUUCUGACCAAGAAUAAAGUGUUAAACAGUUUUCAGCCAAGAAAUGUUCCGAAAACAUCCAGAAGAGGGCUGGGAAUGGGUUUGCAUAUGCGGCCCUACAGAUGUCUCUUCUUCAUGUAAUAAAUAGUUGACGGAGUGGCGAAAAUUCUGAGGCCUAAGAACUAGGCCACCGUAGACACUGUAGGAAUGUGUUCGCUGCCGCCGCGCGAUAGAACGGUUAGCGACUUGAAGUCAUAACAUUUCUGUUUGUGUGACAGGUGUUCGACAUGGAGGGUAAUUUCCGUUUCCGGUUUGGAUCACCAGGAAGUGGAGAUGGUCAUUUCCAGUCUCCCAGUGGAGUGGCCGUCACCCCCGAAGGCAAUAUUGUCGUAGCAGACACAAUGAAUAACAGAAUCCAGGUAAGUUUUGCUAAAACAAAAUCUCUGUAAAAUUCCAUUUCUCUGCUGUGCUAUGAUUAAGGCAUUUGGGUCGCUUGUUUGAUCGCCUGCCCUUACGGGUGUUUAAUAUUUAUUCACUUAGUAGCCGCUUAAACAGUUCCACAAGUCAUAUUUUAGAGGGGCAAGUAGCUCUAUCUGGGAAAGAAAAUGACCGAUAAUUCAUCCCUAUGAUCACUGGUUAACUCUUUCGGUAGGACACGUCAGCCUUGCCAUCCCUUAGACAGACAAAAAUGGGCAUUAGUCUUUCAAGCAAUUGAUUACUCGAAGCGGAAUGGGAAGCCAUCCUGUGCACAGCUUUUUCUUGUUAUUAGAUUAUUUUCAUUUUUCUUCCCCUUUCCACUUUUACUACCUUAUUUCACGGACAUGAAAUUUGAAACAAGUCACAAGCAACGUGAUAAAUACGUCUAAAACACCGUCAUAUUCGUUCGUCUCAACAUAACUUUUAUACGUGAAUUCGACCUUUUUUUGCAGAUUUUUUCUAAAGAAGGAACGUUCAUCAAGAAAUUCGGUAAGGGAUUUAUGCAAAGUGAACGCUUGUACCAACCAUAUGGCGUGGCCGUGGACAGCGAGGGGCGUCUUUUUGUUGUGGAUCGAGGAAACGCGCGCGUGAUCGUUUUCAACCAGGAGGGCGAGAUAAUAUUAACAUUUGGUUCCCUUGGUGGGGGUAAGGCUCAAUUCAACUGCCCAACAGCUGUGGCGAUCAACGGCAAAGGUCAUGUAAUUAUCACUGACUUCGGCAACGAUCGGGUUCAGGUCUUUAGCGCCAAUGGUCAAUUUCUUUUCAAGUUCGGCAAGAGCGGAAGGGGCGACGGAGAGCUCAAUUGGCCGACCGGAGUAGCCACGGACUCUGACGAUCACAUCAUCGUAAGUGACUCGUACAAUCAUCGGAUUCAGAUAUUUAAUGAUGACGGUUCGUUUGUCACUCGGUUUGGAACUGAGGGCAAUAAAAGAGGACAGUUUAAAAGACCGGAGGGUGUGGCUGUGACGACACAAGGAAACAUAAUAAUUGCUGACUGGGGAAAUGAUAGAAUACAAGUAUUUUAA